UUCUCCACGAGCCUCCUGAUGGAAUUCCAGUGCGAGCAGGAGCUCAGUGCGCAGCUGCCCAUCCAACAUGGUUUGAUGCCUGGCUACAUCACCUGGAUAAACUAAAAGUUUCUGGGAGGCUGUGGGAUGAGAUCAUCGUAUCACUGUCAGAAACAAAGAAGCAAAAACACAGAGCCCAUCCGGAGAACUCGCAAUUUACCCGUUGCUGUAAAGAGAUUGAGAAUCCGAACGCAUGAAUAGGUGGGGAGCAUGGUCCAUUGUCAUCCUACAGAGGAGUGACAGAGUGCCGCCCAGGCCGGCCAGAGGAGGACCAUGGCCCUGAGCGAUGCUGGUGGCGAUCCAUUGGCUCUCAGCAAUGGAGGGCAUUAUCCACUCAGUGCCAAUGUGAAUGCCACUUCAAACAUCAGUAGACCAGUCAACGGCAGCCAGGACCCUCUCACAGCUGCCCCUGCUGCUGGCUGUCUUCCCGCAGACAGGGAGGAGGACGUUCCAGUCAAGGACGCAGCUUCGAGAGCACAGCAAAAGCAACAGAGCUCACAGUCGCCACAUGUCAUCCAGAGAGCCAACAGACCGAACCAAAACGGUGGAGUGCCCAAACAGAACGGCUCCCUGAGGAACCUUCCCCCGUCCUCCCCCACCUCUUCUUCCUCUCCCUCCGCCGCCGUCACAGACUGCCAGUGGUUGGCUAAGCACCACCUUCCUCCCUCCGCUCUUUCCACAUCCUCUUCCUCCUCUCCUCUCCAGCGCCCUCCCCUGUGCUGCCAGCACUGCCACUUCCACCCUGCUCUGUGCUGCCCCGGUGGCCAGCAGGAGUGCCACCUCUUCCAGAGUCCAGGCACAGGCCCGGGACCCGGCCCGGUGCCCCAUCCCGGAGCCGCUCCAUCCUGCCCCUGCUGCCUCCCUGCCUGCACAAAUUCUCACCCUCAUUCUCCUCAUCCGUCCUCGCCUCUGUGUCUGCACCACCACCAUCACCACCGCUGGCAGGAACACCUCCAGAGCCAGACACACGGACCUGGAAUCAGCCCUGCAAGGCCCUUUCGAUUCCCCAAAAGCUAUGCUGAGCUGAUAGCUGAUUGGCCUGUGGUGGUGCUGGGUGUGUGCACUGUGCUCAUUGUGGUGUGCGCCCUGGUGGGCAUCCUGGUGCCCGACCUGCCUGAUUUCUCUGACCCUCUACUGGGUUUCGAGCCUCGGGGGACAGCCAUAGGCCAGCGACUGGUCACAUGGAACAAUAUGGUGAAGAACACAGGCUACAAAGCCACGCUGGCAAACUACCCCUUCAAAUACGCUGAUGAGCAGGCUAAAAAGAAACGCUCCAAAUCGUCCUCCUUGACUCCCUUUUUGCCAACGUUGAACACAACUAAUCAACACCGUCACCAAGAGACGAGGUGGCCUGAGGACCAAUUUGACAGAGACAAGCGCCAGGCAGAGUGGGACUUCAGUAAAGAGUUCUUCUGUGAUGUGCCAGGUGACAGUUAUUCCAGACUGGUAUUUGCAUCAGCAGAGGGGAAGAACUUGUGGAGUAUACAGGCCAUCAAGUCCAUGUGCAAUUUGGACAACACAAGGGUACGCUCUCACCGUGAUUAUUGGAGCCUUUGUCAGCGCACCAAUGAUGCCUCCUGCUGCCCCAGCUGGACACUUGGCAACUACAUUGCUGUCCUCACCAACAGAUCCUCCUGCCAGAAGAUCACCGAGCGUGAUGUAUCGCACACCCUCAAGAUCCUGCGCUCAUGUGCCAAGUACUACCACAAUGGCACGCUGGGGCCUGACUGCUGGGACAUGGCCUUGCGGCGGAAAGACCAGCUUAAGUGUGCCAAUGUGCCUCGGAAGUGCACCAAGUACAAUGCUGUCUACCAGAUUCUUCACUUCCUGGUGGACAAGGACUUUCUCAAUCCCAAGAACACAGACUACCCUCCGCCCGCCCUAAAGUACAGCAUGCUCUUUUCCCCCACAGAGAAAGGCGAGUCCAUGAUGAACAUUUACCUGGACAAUUUUGAGAAUUGGAACGCGUCAGAUGGCAUCACCACAGUUACGGGGAUAGAGUUUGGCAUCAAACACCACUUGUUCCAGGACUACCUCCUCACGGACACUGUGUAUCCUGCCAUCGCCAUAGUAAUUGUCCUGUUGGUGAUGUGCGUGUACACACAUUCUGUUUUCAUCACACUAAUGACAAUAAUAGCAAUCAUCAGCUCACUCAUUGUGUCCUACUUCCUCUACCGCAUGGUCUUCAACUUUGAGUUCUUCCCCUUCAUGAACUUGACGGCCCUCAUCAUCUUGGUGGGCAUUGGUGCAGACGACGCAUUCGUGCUUUGCGAUGUCUGGAACUAUACCAAGUUUGAUAAACCUCAUGCUGAGUUGGCAGAGACGGUGAGCGUCACCUUGCAACAUGCCGCCCUCUCCAUGUUUGUCACCAGUUUCACCACUGCCGCAGCUUUCUAUGCCAAUUAUGUCAGCAACAUCACUGCCAUACGGUGUUUUGGUGUCUACGCGGGUACCGCCAUAUUGGUCAACUACAUACUUAUGGUGACCUGGCUCCCAGCUGUAGUGGUACUCCAUGAACGCUACCUGCCCAACGUGUUCCCCUGCUCCAGGCCUCCACAUCAGCAAAGGGGUUACUGCACCAGGAUCUUCUGGGCUGGCCUUUGCCAGAAGGCCAACAAAUGCCUAUUCACUGUAUCUGAAGCAUCUAGAAUCUUCUUUGAGAAAGUUUUGCCCUGUAUCGUCAUCAAGCUGCGUUACCUCUGGCUCUUUUGGUUCCUUGCCAUCACAGUGGGCGGGGCCUAUGUGGUGUGUGUCAAUCCUAAGAUGAAGCUCCCAUCCCUUGAGCUUGCUGAAUUUCAGGUGUUCCGCUCCUCUCAUCCAUUUGAGCGCUACGACUCAGAGUACAAGAAACUUUUCAUGUUUGAGAGAGUUCAUCAUGGUGAGGACCUCCACAUGCCAAUCACCAUCAUCUGGGGGGUGACCCCUGUGGAUAAUGGGGACCCCCUGAACCCCAAAAAUAAAGGCAAGCUGAUGCUGGAUAGCACCUUCAACAUUGCCAGCCCAGCAUCUCAGUUAUGGAUCCUGAACUUCUGCCAGAAGCUGAGGAACCAGAGCUUUGUCUUCCAGUCAGAGGAGCAGGACUUCACCAGUUGCUUCAUUGAGACAUUCAAACAGUGGAUGGAGAACCAGGACUGUGAGGAGGCCUCCGUCUACCCCUGCUGCAGCCAGUCCACCUUCCCAUACAAGCAGGACGUGUUUGAGUUGUGUAUCAAGAGAGCCAUCAUGGAACUGGAUAGGAGCACUAAUUACCAUCUCGACAGCAAGACCCCUGGGCCUCGAUUUGACAUAAAUGACACCAUCAGGGCUAUCGUUUUAGAAUUCCAGAGCACCUACCUCUUCACAUUGGCCUAUGAGAAGAUGUUCCAGUUCUACCGUGAGGUGGAUGCCUGGAUCAGUGAGGAGUUGCUUUAUGCUCCAGCAGGCCUCAGCCACGGCUGGUUUGUCAGCAACCUGGAGUUCUAUGACCUCCAGGACAGUCUGUCAGAUGGCACACUGGUUGCCAUGGCACUGUCAGUGGCUGUGGCUUUUAGCGUCAUGCUCCUGACCACCUGGAAUGUCAUCAUCAGCCUGUACGCCAUCAUGUCGAUUGCUGGGACCAUCUUUGUCACAGUAGGCUCCCUGGUCCUCCUGGGCUGGGAGCUUAAUGUGUUGGAGUCUGUUACUAUCUCUGUCGCUGUGGGGCUGUCAGUGGAUUUUGCUGUCCACUACGGUGUGGCCUAUCGGCUUGCCCCGGAGCCUGACCGCGAAGGGAAGGUGGUAUUCUCCCUCAGCCGCAUGGGCUCUGCCAUUGCCAUGGCAGCACUGACAACAUUUGUUGCUGGGGCAAUGAUGAUGCCUUCGACUGUGUUGGCGUACACCCAGCUUGGCACGUUCAUGAUGCUGAUCAUGUGCGUCAGCUGGGCCUUUGCCACCUUCUUCUUUCAGUGCAUGUGUCGCUGCUUGGGACCCCAGGGUACCUGUGGCCAGAUACCCCUGCCCAAAAAGCUCCAGUGUCAGGCCUUCUCUGAAGGCACAACCACAAGCCCCACACCCCAAGGGAAGAGCUCUGGCCUGGGAAAGUACCAGCUGGAUGGCAGGGGUGGGGAGGUGGAGCAUUAUGAGUUAGAGCCCCUGGCAUCUAGUCAUAGAAAUGAGGAGAAGCCCACAGAGGAGCAGGAGAUGUGUACUCAGCUGUAUAAUGGAAUACCCCCUCAUCACCAAACCACUCCUUAUUCACAUGCCCCUUAUAAAAGCAAAGCUGAGUCUGGGAGAGCUGGACCUGAGAAUGGACUUGUAGCCACAUUGAGCACACCAUCCAGGUGCCAGUAUUCUCAAAAUACUAACUGCACAUGUGGGGACCCGCCUCCUCAUCUGCCUCAACAAUGGACCCCCCACACCUGUACUCAGCCUCCCCAGGACUCGCCUUCCUCCUCUCCCACCCCUCAGCUGUUCCCCCUCUCAGGAAACCACCCAAGCAAACAAAACAAACAAAAUGCAGCCCUGUUAUCUACAACCCUGGACCCAGUUUACAAAAACAUGGAGUGCCGAAUGCAUUAUGUCCACUGCCCCCCUGCUCAUUUCCACCACUGUUCCCAGGGCAGAGUAAUGACUCCCAGGCAAGGAGCUGCCCACAGCUGCCAUCUCAGGAACUACUGUGUCCACACUGCAAGCCUCCAGGCUGGCCAGGCCAGGGAGCAGAGAUCCACAAUGUCGGCCUCCAAACAAGACUCUGGUCCAGCUCCUAGUCCAGUUACUAGCCUAGAGUCUGUGGGACAAGAGGAUAACCAUAGGGCUGAAGUGAGACCCUCAAGCCCUGGUGUUAGCACAAAUAUUAGCACCCCACCCCAGACACAACCUAAGACUCAAGGCCUCUCUCCCUCCUCUUCCCUAGGCUGCACAUUACCCACAACAUCCGCACCACACACAACCAGUCAUAAAAGACAGAAGGCUACAGACAGUGACCAAUGCUGUGGUGACAGUCAUGUGUCCACCACAACCAUCGAAACAACAACGCAAUUGGAUGCUUGUUGUAAAAUCCCUGGCAACCAGGAGAAGCUUGAAAGUAUUCCCGUCACACGGGAGGAAAGUGUCAAAAAGUGCAAGCAGAACUCAAAGAGAGAGAGGGCAUCUUCUGUUUCUCCAAAGAAACUCUACUGUUUUAACAGGACAUUGAAAGUGAAGUGCAAUUCUGUCUCAGAGUGUAACGUGCCAAAAACUGAAGCCAGUGUGCCUCCUCUUGCAAUAAACCCCAAUCCCUCAUCCGAAAGCUUGUGUUGAUCACAAAUAGGCUCAAACCUGAAGGUAUAAACCAUAGUCAUACUGGCUAUGUUUUAUAGCUGUAGUAAACAGUAUCACGUUGCCACAUGUUAUGUCCCUGUGCAAUUGAUGUUUGGGAUGUGUUUGUUGACCAAGUGCCUCAAUAUGUUUCAUGAAACAGUACGGACUGACUGAAUAUGUGCUAAGUUUACGUGUUUUUCUUUUUGUACUCACCAGUUAAAAUGUUUUAUUCACAUCAGAUCAUAUCUUUCAUUUUACAGUAAAAUACUUUGUUUUGCUCCGUUAUUAUGAGAAAGGAAAGCAUUGGUAGCCAUGCAAGUCAGACUAUCCAAGCAGUUGAUCAAAGUGAGAAACACAUCUAGCCACUUUUUUUGGAAUUACACUCACGUGUUGAGCCGCUUGCAGAGCUGCAAACAAUACAGGCUGUGCAGUGUCACUGCAGAAUUAUGUGGGCUUGGAGUGUUUCCUGAGCCACUGUAGUGGCAGCUGUAUCAGUAUAGUUAGACCUUGAAUGUCAUGAAAGGCACCACUAAAUAAAAUUAAUUAUUAUUAUUAUUGUUAAAGAAGCAGAAAUGCAUUAUCAGAGGAGCUGAGACUUAGGACCCGCAUCUUGGCAAAAUGUCUACAGCACUAGUCAGUCAAGAACCACAAGGUGUUUACUGGCUAGCAACCUCAGUCAGAAAACUUGUGGAAACUGGAUCUAAGCAAUUAUUUUAAUCUUUCAACUUUUUUCAUAACAGCUACAUUGCACACAGAUUGAUCUGAGUUCAAGGCAGCAGCUAUUGGAUGAAAUGGAAAAGAGGAAUAGUGAGGCCAGUUGUGUCUCCAGCUGUGAUCAACUCAUGAUAGUUGAGACAAACUCACAGGACUAAAGCAUUGUUGAAAUUAUCCUUGUUUGGAAAGUCACAUUUUGCUAGCCAGUCCAUUCUCCAGGCAGUUAUUUUCAUCAGCAGUGUGAUAUUGGAUUCACUGUUAGAUGAGAUGAGAUCACAACUGCAUCAACCAUAAUAAAUGUGCUACAUUUUAAAAGCUGCUCAAAAUCGUUGCCUGACUGUUUGGUAUCUGUGGGAGCUAGCGUUAAAUUUUGCAGUAUGCUGUUAUGUUCAAGUUGCCACAUGCCUCAGAAUAAAGUUGUACUGUAUGAUUAAAAUGUGUUUUUUUUCUAUCA